CACACAGCGCGAUCGUAACGCACAGCGCCGUCGUGGGGGGAGAUCCGAUCCCCGGAGGACAUCGUCAUACACAAUUCCACGUUUUCGAUAGAUGCGCACGAUGAAAUGCGUAGUUAAAGCCCAGAUCAGCUCGUUGCGCGGCUCGGCACGCGUUCGAGCAGGGCUUUGGGGUACUGAACAUGAGCCGAUCCGCUCGUGGAAGAAAAAAGGCCAGAUUGCACGACGGAAAAUCAAAGUGUUGAGCGCUAUAGUGGUUACCACAUGGGGGGGAGGAAAAAAAACAAAAAAAAAAACAAACGAUGCUCUCGUGGUAAUAGUACUAGCGUCGAUAAUAGCAGCGCAGCGCGUGAGUGUUGAAGUCGACAUUGGCCGGUAAUGAUGCAAACAUCCCUGACAAUGACAACAUCAUUAACCAUGACCUGUCCCCGAGAUGCUGGCGCUGCGCGCGCUAGCGCUCGGCUCGCGGCGCUGUCAUUGUGACCCUCGGCGGAAUACAGCGGUUGGGGAUGGACGGACACGAGGGCUGAUGGCACGGACGGAGACGCGAGGGGGUGUGAAUCAUGGCAGCAGCAGAGACUUGCGCUUGGACUGCCGUGUGGUAACAGCUGGGUUACAGAGCUCGCAGCUCGCAGGCCCUUUGUGGCGUAGGUGGAUUUACUAGCGUGUGUGCGCGUGUGUGUGUGCGCGCCCCCAAGAGCAGCGCUGCUGAGCCUGCAAGACGGAACAGAAGACCGGACACGUUAAAGGGGACAAAACAACGGACGCCAAACUAGGAUUUGCAUAUCCAUCCCUGACCACUCCCUGUCCCCCUUCCCCCUUUCCCUCCUUCCCUCUUCCCCAGUCUUCCACCUUUUCCUAAACUCUGUGGCAGGUGACGAUACAACCUCUCCCACCUUAAAUACCCCCCCCCCCCAAAUCUCUGAUGGAUCAGAGAAGUCAGGGGGGGCCAACUACUCCACCCCCCCUCCCCCCCACAGCUGCUCCUCCAGGGGGGGCAGAGAAGGAGGGAGGGGGUGGGAAGGGCGAGGAGGAGAAACGAGAGAACGAGAGGGAGAGCAUCUCACUGGAAGCCUCCAGUGGCGGGAGCAGUGGGAGUGGUGAACAGCAGCAGCAGCAGUUCUCCAUCACUGAAACCAACUUUUCUGAAGGCAACGUUAAACUUAAGAUCGGGCUCCAGGCAAAGCGCAUGAAAAAGCCCCCAAAAAUCUUGGAGAACUAUGUUUGUCGCCCAGCCAUCAGGACCUCUCUAAGGCAGGGGCGUGGAGGUGGGCGGGGUAGCCGUGGAGGUGGGGCCAACAGUGGGAACACAGGUAGCGGCCUUGUACACACCUCUCCACAUGACCGGGGGAGGGAGCGAAGCCCAGUCCUGAACCCCAGCAUGAACCAGCACCCCUCUCCGCCAUCUUCAUCUGCUGCUCCCGCUUCUACUCCUCCUCCUCCUCCUCCCCCCCCUUCAUCUGUCCUGCCUACCUCCAUAACAGGAAGCAUGUCUGGGAAAAGGGGUCCCCUUAAGUUGGCACGAAAGUCAGAUGCAAAGUCAGACAUCUCAUCAGAGAGACCCAUGAAUGUUCAACACCCAGAAGCAGAUUGCAAACUGGUUCAAUCCGGAAAGAAAAGUCCUUCUCCCCAGACCAACCUCUCGCCCAUCUCAAACCCAGCACCAGCACUUUUGGGUCCUUCGCUAAAGGACUCCAGAAGUGAUGGAGAUUCUAAAACUCCUCAGCCUCUCCCUGGUGAGGGACAGAAGGACAAGGACAAGGUCUUAAAUGGAGGUGCACCCACAGUAACUGAAAAACUGGCCCAGCUCAUUGCUAUCUGCCCCCCUACAAAAUCCACCAAGGGAAAGAUUCGCAAACUUCCUUCUGCUGCCAUUCCCUGUGUGGCAACUGCAGCAGCAGCUGUCACAAUGCCAAAUCCCCCAAGGCCAGAUCCUACAAUACCAAGCAGAACAGCACUUCCUCUGUCCUCACCUACUCCACAGUCACUUCUUCCUCCCGUUUCUCGCCCACCUGGGCGUCCUCCCAUGCCUCGCAACAGAGACAGUGUUCUGGAGAAAUUUUCCACCCCUCCCAAGAAAGAAGAAACAACCAUCGAGGGCAAAGGGGGCAACAAUAACAACAACAAUAGCACUACAAAUACAAGCAGCAGCAGCAACUCCACAACCCAAGCAGGCAGUGGUGGCAACAGUAGUAAAACACAGGUGCAUCUCACUGGCACUCCAUCUCCUUCACUAUCUGUACUCUCCUCAGAUCAACGAGUAGGAGGAGUGCCAGAUGGGCGGCGAGGCCUUGCUACUUCUCUUAGCAGCCUUUCAAGAGGAGGUCCCACCCAGAACUUGGAUGGAUGUGAGAAGGAUCAAGAAAGAGACAAAGAUGGGCCCAGAGAUCUGACCAUGAACAAAUGCCCUCCUCCUUCAGGACCAGGCAGGCAUGAAGGUAAUGGCAAGGUGACAGUUAUUUCUCCUGCAGGUCAGUGCAAGAGUAGUACAACCCCCACCAAGCCCAGUCCGACUCGAGACCGAUCUACAAGUGGAGCAGCAGCCCCUAUGGAAUCCGCUAUACAAACUGCUUCGCCCUCAAAUCCUCCCCAUGCAAAUCUCCCUGCCGCUCGAUUAAGCAAUCCCCCCAGUACACCACCAAGUUCACCCCCUGAGCAGGACUGCAAACCGCUGAAGAAACGCAAAGGGCGGCGGCCACGAUGGACACGGGUAGUAAAUCGUGCACAGAGGCUCUCACAGGGCAAGGAAGUCAUCUCAAGUGUCACCACAGAUUUAACUGACCAGCCAGCUCCCAAACUGCGCAAAACCUCCUUAACCCCUUCAUCAACUAUUCUCCCAGCUUCACAUAAACCCAGACCUGUGGGACGACCACCAAACCCCAAUCGAGUCCUUCCUGUUGCUUCCCAGGUGCUUGAAGCUCCAAAGAAGAGAGGACGCCCCAAAACGAAGAUGCCCAGACUUGAUGUCCUGCCUCCUGGGCGUUCUCUCAAACUGCCGCCCUCAAAGGUCUACUCUUUACUCAAAUCCAAAGAGGAGCAGGAUCCCCCAGUAUUGCAUCCAGAAGUAGAUCUAAAUCCUCCAAAACCUUUGCCCCGGAAGCGAGGACGGCCAAAACGUUUACCUCCCACCCUGCCUCAGGAGGCCCAGCCUCCAACUCUGGCCCCAGAGGAACAGACAGGAGGUGAGCUCACACUAGAGGAAGGUGUGGAAGGAGAAAAACAAUUCCGGCAGAAAGGCAACGGGCAAUUGAUGAUGAAAACCAUCAUUCGCAAAAUCAACAAAAUGAAGACUAAGAAACGAAAGCGACUGCUCAGUCAAAUUUUUCUGGGACCUGGCGGUGGCACCUUCAGAGCUGAGGCAGAGCCCUCUAGAGUGACGGAUGGGGGGAUGGUUGGAUCAGUCACACCCCAAACAAACUCUUUAUCCUCCUUGGCUGCGACUUUUGGAGGCAAAUUAGGGCCCCAAAUUAAUGUUAGCAAGAAGGGCACAAUAUACAUGGGCAAAAGAAGAGGACGCAAACCCAAAGCAAACCCUGUACCCUGUACCAACCCUCCUGCUGCCUCCUCUGAACCCUUUAGGUCUCCAUGCUCUGCAUCGCCCCUUCCUCUUCACCAGUCCCAUUCAAACCAUUCGCAGCAGCAGCAACUUCUGACUCCGUCGGAAGUCUUUCCCUCCCCGUUGCUCUCACAGACAUGUGGGGCUCAGAGUCCCAUCAGUGAUGCUGGCUUUGUUGAGCCAGGAGCUGUGCACUUCUUGCCACACUCACACUGCAGUCACUCUCACCACUCCCAUCACACCUUUUCCCUGCCUCCACCUUCUUCCCCUGCACCUUCUCCUCGUCCUCUUGGGACCCUAGGCUCUGCGUCUAGCAUCCCUCCUACGCUGAAGAAGUCGUGCCGGGCACAUCAUCAUCAUCACUAUCGCCACCAGUAUCAUUACCGCAAGAUGUCCCCUCCGCCUCCCCUGCUGCCUACUUCCCCAGCACACCUGAGUGAGCUGAAAGAAGCCACACCUUCACCAAUCAGUGAAUCUCAUAGCGAGGAAACGGUACCCAGUGACAGUGGCAUAGGGACGGACAAUAACAGUACCUCUGACCGGGGGGAGAAAGCAGGAGGGAGCGGUGGGGUGGGAGGCGUAAGCUUAUCCCAGGGGAUGGCAGCUGGAAUGCUGAUGCCAGGGGUGGUAGGCACCGUGCCUGGGGUUGCAGUGAGUGUCAAUUCCAGAGGCCGGCGGAGACAUUCUGCCUCUGUUUUGCUUGAGCAUCCUUCUCCCUCGCCUUCCCCACUGGGGUCCAGCACUGCCCAGGACCCCCGCAGAGCUCACCCUGCUCCCCCUCCACCUGUGCUGGUGGGGCACAAGGAGAAGCACAAGCACAAGUGUAAGCGGCGUGGCCAUAACUGCCCUGGGUAUGAUAAAAUAAAGAGGCAGAAACGCAAACGCAAGAAGAAAUACCUGCAGCUCCGGUCUCGCCGCCAGGAUCCUGACUUUCUGGCAGAGCUGGAAGACAUGAUUGUCAGGCUUAGUGAGAUCAGGAUAGGGCACCGCAGCACAAGCAUGGGUCUAGGGAGUAGCUUAGGGCUAGGGGGUGUUGGAGCUGGAACAAGCAUAGGAGCUGGUGGAAGCAGUGGUGGGAGCAGCAUGGGGAGUAGCUCUCACCCACCGCCACACCACUACUUGCCUAGAGAUCUCCUCCCCACCAUUUUCAGGAUCAACUUCAGUGGAUUUUAUUCUCCUCACCCAGCAUAUCCGUGCGACUCUCUUCACUACGUCCGCAAGCCAGACCUCAAAAAGAAGCGCGGACGGCCGCCAAAGUUGCGCGAGGCAAUGGCAGAGGUUCCGUUUGUCCCUGGGCUCGGCUUUCCACUGUCAGGAACUGGUUUCUACCAUCCAUCCUACAGCGUUCCCUACUCCUCUGCCCCCCUUGGGUUAAGCUACUACAGAGGAUACCCUCCUGCUGCAGCUCUGUAUCCCCACCCCCAUCACCCAGCGACACACCCGCCUCCGCCUCACCCGCACCAUUCUCCUUCUUUCCCUCCACCCCCUCCACCCUCCUACAUGCACCAUCACCCGCCUCACCUUUUGCUCAACCCAGCGAAGUUCCACAAGAAGAAACACAAGCUUCUGAGGCAGGAGUUUUUGGGAGGAGGAAGGUCCCCUGUUUUGUACCCUGCUGUGCCUCCAGAGCUGUCUUACGGAUGGCUUCAUGAACACAAACACAAACACCGGCACAAGCAUAGGGACCGGCGUGGGGAGGACGGUGGCCCUGAGGGGGGAGCCUUGGGACCAGUUGGAGGUGGGCACUCCACAAGUAGAGGACUGGGAGUAGGAGGGAACGGUGGUGGAAUGAUGGAGUCAUUGCGACGCUACAGGUACGCAAAGGAUGCGGCCUCUGCUGCAAAUGCUACGAGUUCAGCAGCUGCGCCCUCUGCAAAUUCGCCUUCUUCUUCUUCGUCGUCUUCAGCUGAGAGGUACAAACACAAAGACACGCCCCUAUCCUGCCUGGGUCCUUCUUAUCUGUCACCAGCAGGUGGAGCAAGAGGGCAUGGUCACCUGGAGCCCUGGUUGAGGAGAGGUAGCCCUGAAUCAGAUUAUGCCAAUUUAUCCCAGAACCCAAACCCCAACCAGGACUCUUUCUCAGGAGGUCAGCCAGCAGACCCCACGGAAGCAUCCGACAGCGAGGAGGAGGAGGAUCGGGAAGGCUCCCAAACGCCAGCACAUUUGCACACGUCUCCACACCACACAAACCUGUUCGCCACUGCCCUGAGUCAAUCCGCAGCAUCAGGCGGCAGAGUUCGCAGGAGCGGCAUUUGUGCGAGCGGAAGGGGCUUCUUAGGACUCGAGCAGCCUCACAGGAAGGACCGCACUUCUUCAGCCGAGAGCCGUGACACAGGAACGACAGUGGGUGUCCAGACCCGAGGUUCGCGUUCCGUCAUCCCUGAGUGUACCGAGGGGAGCGUGCACCCCCACCAUCAUUCUCAGCACAGCCCCCAACUCAGCCAGCAGCAUACGCACUCGCACUAUAUUGCCCGCCACUUACAUUGUGGCCACGAUGCCCCUGGGUCUGGAAGGCCGCCCAGCAGGGAAAGGACAAGCGGUAGUCGGCAGGCCAGCCCCUCCACACACUCCUGCUUCUUGGAGUCUGCUCCUGCCAAGGCCCCGGUCUCGACCCAGUCCCCGUCUAUCCACCCUCGCUCUCACUUCACUAGUCAGGGCCUGGACAGAGUGCUGUGCACCAAGCGCAGCCUGAACCAUGUCAACAAAAUCCUCAAAGCCAAAAAGCUACAGAGGCAGGCACGCACUGGCAACAAUGUGGUGAAGAAGAGGCGCCCAGGACGUCCCAGGAAAUAUCCUCUGCCCUCUCCUCCACCAUCGCCCGUACCCCUCGAGCUGCUCACUCCCCAGCACAGAGAGAGGGGAGGGGGAGGCGGAGGGGACACGGUUUCAGAUGUGAUCGAGGCUGUGGUGCAGGGCCAGCACAAACGGGGGCAGAAGAGGAAGCGAUGUGAGGAGGAUGAAGGGGAACAAGAAGAGGAGCAGCAGCCCGAAGAAGAGGAGAGAGCAGGGGCAGGAGAUGGGGGCAGAGGAGCAGGAUCCAAGGGGGGAGACAGAAGAGGCUGGCUCACCCAGGAGGAGCUCCACCGUUUCCGAAGUGCUUUGGAGGGCAAGCCAGAGAACCACACCUCCCCAGAAAGACUGGUUACGUCAUCGGUAGAAGAAGCCCCACCUCUGGCCCUGCCCAGCCAACGGGAAAAGAGAGCUGCCAGGCCGCCCAAGAAAAAGUUCCAGAGAGCUGGCCUUUAUUCUGACGUUUACAAGACUGCUGAUCCUCGUAGUCAGCUGUUACAGCUGAAGAAAGAAAGACUCGAGUACAUCCCAGGGGAGCACGAGUAUGGUCUGUUUCCUGCUCCCAUUCAUGUCGGAAAGUACCUGAGACAGCGGCGCAUUGAUUUCCAGCUGCCCUAUGACAUCCUGUGGCAGUGGAAGCACAACCAGCUUUACAAGAAGCCUGACGUCCCACUCUAUAAGAAAAUCCGGUCUAACGUUUAUGUGGAUGUGAAGCCCCUCUCUGGGUACGAAGCCACCACCUGUAACUGCAAAAAACCGGAGGAUCCCACAGACAAGGGCUGUAUUGAUGACUGCCUCAACAGGAUGAUUUUUGCUGAGUGCUCGCCCAACACCUGCCCGUGCGGGGAUUGCUGCCACAACCAGCGAAUCCAGAAGCAUGAGUGGGUGCAGUGUCUGGAACGAUUCCGAGCUGAGGGCAAGGGCUGGGGUAUCCGUACUAAGGAGCCGCUGCGCGCAGGACAGUUCAUCAUUGAGUACCUGGGCGAGGUGGUCAGCGAGCAGGAGUUCAGGAAACGCAUGAUCGAGCAGUACUACACCCACAAUGACCACUACUGUCUGAACUUGGACAGUGGCAUGGUGAUUGACAGCUACCGCAUGGGAAAUGAAGCACGCUUCAUCAAUCAUAGCUGUGAGCCUAACUGUGAGAUGCAGAAGUGGUCAGUGAAUGGAGUGUACCGUAUUGGCCUGUUUGCGCUGAAGGACAUGGACAGUGGCACAGAGCUGACAUAUGACUACAACUUCCACUCCUUCAACACAGAAGAGCAGCAAGUGUGUAAGUGUGGCUCGGAGAGUUGCCGGGGCAUCAUUGGUGGAAAGAGCCAACGUGUCAAUGGGCUUCCUGGGAAAGGGGGUGGAGGAAGUGGAGCUGGGGGUGGCAACCGGAGGCAAGGCCGCCUCAAAGAGAAGCGCAAGUCUAAGCACCACCUCAAGAAACGGGAGGAGGAAUCCAGUGACAGUGGGAAGUUCUCCCCCCAUCUGCACAUGAAGCCCAUGUCCAACAGAGAGCGGAACUUUGUGCUGAAGCACAGGGUGUUCCUGGUGCGCAACUGGGAGCGUGUGAGGGAGAAGCAGGAGCUCCUGAAGAGGGAGGGAGACCGGGAGCGUGACAGGGAGAGGGAGGGCAGCCUGUCCCUCUAUAGCCGCUGGGGAGGAGUAAUACGAGACGAUGGCAACAUCAAAUCAGAUGUCUUCCUGACGCAGUUUUCGGCACUGCAGACAUCACGGUCAGUACGCACGCGCAGACUGGCAGCGGCGGAAGAGAACAUGGAAGUCACGCGCACGGCUCGCCUUGCUCACAUCUUUAAGGAGAUCUGCGACAUGAUCAUCAGCUACAAGGACUCUGCCAACCAGACCCUUGCUGCUCCUCUACUUAAUCUGCCCUCCAGAAAGAGGAACACACAGUAUUACGAGAAGGUGUCGGACCCUCUGGACCUCAGCACCAUUGAGAAGCAGAUUCUCACCGGUCACUACAAGACCGUGGAGGCCUUCGACACUGACAUGCUCAAGGUGUUCCGCAACGCAGAGAAGUACUAUGGGCGCAAAUCCUCCAUUGGGCGCAACGUUUGCCGCCUGCGCAAGGCCUAUUACGGGGCACGGCAUGAGGCGGCCGUCCAAAUUGACGAAAUCAUGGGUGAGACAGCCAGCGAGGCAGACAGCUCAGAUUCCCUGGAGAGAGAGCAGAGCAACCAGGGCCGGCCAGGUUCACACGACAAGGACGACGACGUCAUCCGCUGUAUCUGUGGCAUGUACAAGGAUGAAGGCCUGAUGAUCCAGUGCGAGAAAUGCAUGGUGUGGCAGCACUGUGACUGCAUGCGGCUGAAGGCUGAUGUAGAACACUACCUGUGUGAGCAGUGUGACCCUCGGCCGGUCGACAGGGAGGUACCAAUGCUACCCCAGCCCAGCUAUGCCCAGUCUGGCUCCGUUUACUACAUCUGUCUGCUCAGGGAUGACCUGCUUUUGCACCAGGGUGAUUGUGUGUACCUGAUGAGGGACAGUCGGAGAACCCCUGAUGGCCAGCCAGUGCGGCAGUCUUACCGCCUCCUGUCGCAUAUCAACAGGGACAAACUUGACAUCUUCCGCAUUGAAAAGCUUUGGAAGAAUGAGAAGGGUGAGAGGUUUGCAUUCGGACAUCACUACUUCCGGCCACACGAGACUCAUCACUCACCUUCCCGACGUUUCUACCACAAUGAACUGUUCCGUGUGCCACUCUACGAGAUUAUUCCACUGGAGGCAGUGGUGGGCACAUGUUGCGUCCUCGAUCUCUACACCUACUGCAAAGGGCGGCCGAAGGAUGUGAAGGAGCAGGACGUUUAUAUUUGUGACUACCGCCUGGAUAAGUCAGCCCACCUCUUCUACAAGAUCCACCGCAACCGCUACCCUGUCUGCACCAAGCCUUUUGCCUUCAACCACUUCCCCAAGAGGCUCACUCCCAAGCGGGACUUCUCGCCGCACUACGUCCCAGACAACUAUAGGAGGAAUGGCGGGAGGUCGUCCUGGAAGAGUGAGCGGCCCAAGCUCGCCUGUAAGGAGAACUUGGCUGCAGCAGGAGAGGAGGACUCGUCCCCUGUGGAAACGCAGCUUUGCCAUGGAGGAGGAGGGGUAUCGCAGCUGGACAGCGAGGAGGGAGGUGUAGAGGCAGAGCUGGAUGUGGUGUCGCGGGGGCCAUCACAGCCCCUACCCCAGGCAUCUCAGACCCCGCUUCCACAGCCUCCCCAGGAUCGAAUUGGUGAGGAGGAGGGUGAGGAAGAGGAGGAUGCUGAUCUGGAUGCAGGUGCAAUUGAAAGGCCGGAGGCUCUGGAGCUGCAUUCCUCAUCCCAAAACUCAUCAGACCUUGCGAGGAGGGAGGCACAGAGGAACCGGCUGAACAAAAUACUGCUUAACCUUCUGCAGCAAACACCCAGCAAGAAUGCUAUAGAUGUGACCUACCUCUUAGAGGAGGGAUCUGGGCGCAGGCUGCGCAGACGGACGCUGGGAUUAGGUGACUUUGGAGGCAGGAAAUGAUGGCACGAGCCAUAACUGGCAGACCCGCCUCGACUACCUUCUCUUCACAAGUGUGAUUGAGAAGGAAUGUGAAUAAGAAAGAGGAUGGAAAAGACAGCGGAAGGGGGAGAGUUUAAGCGUGUUCCGUUCCCUCCCGCAUCUCCUCUGAACACCAGGCUCCCCUGUCCCCCAUAUCUGUCUUUCUCUCCAGUUUCCCUUGAUGCGAAGGCUGCAGUUAGGGGGCUGAGUGAGGAUGCACGCUGGAUGGGAAGCGGAGAGAUGGAUUUGGAGAUACUGUGUUGGGGGUGAGGACGCAGGCACACACGUAGUGUAUGCAUUGCGCACCGGGCCAGGAGAAAAGGUGUCAAACAGCAUUUCAAAUGACUCUGCACACCAGCGGGAAGGUUCAGCACACUAAAGACUUGAGACAAAGUGGACACACUAAAAACCCAGCGACAAGUGGAUGCUGCUGGAGCAGAAGCCAACGCUAUGCAUGACAACAAGGAGGACGGAGUGGGCAGGUCCAGUUGCAGCGCGGAGAUGGCAAGAGGCGUGCCUGUGUGGGGUGGAUGGCUGGGAGGUGGGCCCAGGGACAUGGUCAGAGGACAGUGCAUAGUUAUUUAUGGGUCAAGCCAGAUAGAACAUACACACACAGAGACAGACAGACACACACACACACACACACACAGACACACACACACACACACACACACACACACACACACACAGAGAGAGACAGACACUACUGGGAAGGAGGCACGUGCUAACCCCACUUCCCCCACACUCCCAUACAUUUAACCAAGACUUAAAUUAGUGUAGCAAAGCAAACUUAUUUAGCAGAGCUGAGAUUUUUGUGUUCUUAUUGCUGGUACAUCUGCUUCAGUUUGUUUCACAAGGAGUGUGAGCCCCCAGCAAACAAUGGUCUGAAAGGCAGUUUUGUCUUCGUUGAGGCCAGAGGAGGAGACCGACGGGAGGUAUGGAGCUGUCAACAAUGUCUGGGGCCUGGAUUGUAAGGGCUUCGCUUCAGGUGAAUUUGUAAUUAAUGGUUAACAAAAAGUGUUUUUAAAUGCUGAAAAGCACUUAUUAUGUAAAAGAAAUUGUACUUUUUCUGCUCAUGGGUAGAAGGGGGACUUUGGGGUAUUCCUUCAUUUAUCUUGUUUUUUGUUGUUUACUGUGUGUCAGCUUGCCUUGGAGAAUGUUUUCAAAACUUGUGAUGAGAUUUUAAAUGGUUAUGACCUGAGACAGAACUUUGGUAAACGGAAACAACUGAACUGGGACGGACGUUGACUUCCCACGCAGAUGGAGGGACAGAGGCGCAGAGGGGAAGGCUAGGAAACUGACAGAAUGAGCUGUAAAGUGCCAAGUUGUAUAUAGACUGGAAUUAACUGAGCUGAGUCUCUAAAAGCAAUAUCUCAAUUAUGGGUUUUGUUUAUAUUGUAUUGUACAGGAUCCAUCCUAUGGAACCCUACAUGUAUUAAAAUACAGCUGUUAUUAAUGUUAUUUCUGCCCUUUAUGUCAUUGUUGCUAAGUAUACACCAGAAAGAGGUAAGAGGGUAAGCUUUUAUUGUAUGCAAACCUGCACUGUCUGCAGUGAAUAAAAUGCAGAUAUUGAAGUCCCAUUUUAUUGCAUAUACUGUAUAUGACUUAAAUCUAGAAGAAGGCAAAGAUAAGAGAGGAAAAAUAUCUGCGGGCAUAAUACAGAGCAGUGACACUGACAAUGAUUAUUGUAAUUAGCAUUAUUAUUACAAUGAGAAAAAAUAAUAAUGUCCUUGGUUUUGCUGCAAAGUGUUGAACACUAAAAAGACCAACAUGAAAUUGUAAUGUUGAAAGGUGACUGAGAAUCAGGAACCUGUCAGCUCAAUGUUUCUAACUGAUUUUUUUUUUUCUUUCUUUUUUCUUUUUUUUUUUUUUAAAGAAAAAGUUUUUCGUGAAUGCGGUUCUUGUAUUUUGUGUGUUUUUGUGUGAUUUAUUUUUCUUUUAUUUUUUGUUAGACAAUCGCAAAAAAAAACUUUGACAGUUGUAAAUGGAAAGACAAGCAGAAAUUGUGUGUGGUUGUACCUCUUCUCUGGUUCAGAGUUUGUAAUUAUGAUUCUAAUGUCACAGAAAUGCUGUUUUUUGUUUUAUAUGUUUUUUUUA